GCAAUGGGUUCAGUACGGGCCAACCAGUACAACAUGGUGUCAUCCGACAAAGAUGGCGACAAACUCAGCAUCUCAUCAGCUGCCAACGAGCAGGAUAAUGGCAAGAUCCAAACGCAUCGUAAAUGCCGCAACCGUUUUGUAAAGAAGAAUGGUCAGUGUAACAUCUACUUCAGCAACAUGAGUGGCAAGUCAGAGAGGUACAUGGCUGAUAUCUUUACAACCUGUGUGGACACUCGGUGGAGGUACAUGCUCAUGAUCUUCUCCACUGCCUUCCUGAUUUCCUGGUUGGCCUUUGGUUUUGCAUUCUGGUUCAUUGCCAUGAUGCACGGAGACCUAGACAAGUCAAAGCAUGAGGAAAACUUCAGACCAUGCAUCAUGCAAGUUAAUGGCUUUGUAGCAGCCUUUCUGUUUUCCAUUGAGACACAGACUACCAUUGGCUAUGGCUUCCGUUGUGUCACUGAAGAAUGCCCAGCUGCUGUUUUCAUGGUUGUAUUCCAAUCCAUCAUUGGCUGCAUUAUUGACUCUUUUAUGAUUGGCACCAUCAUGGCAAAGAUGGCACGGCCAAAGAAAAGGGCCCAAACUCUACUGUUCAGCCAUAAUGCUGUAAUAUCGAUAAGAGAUGGCAAAUUAUGUCUGAUGUGGCGAGUGGGUAAUCUCCGAAAAAGUCAUAUUGUGGAAGCUCAUGUCAGGGCCCAGCUGAUUAAACCUCAUGUCACUACAGAAGGGGAGUAUCUCCCUCUCGAACAAAAAGAUCUUAACGUUGGUUAUGAUGUUGGAUUUGAUCGCAUCUUUCUUGUGUCCCCGAUAAUUAUAGUCCAUGAAAUUGAUGAGGAGAGCCCUCUUUAUGGGAUUAGUAAGCAAGAUUUGGAGACUGAAGAUUUUGAAAUUGUUGUCAUCUUGGAGGGGAUGGUGGAAGCCACAGCGAUGACAACACAAGCACGAAGUUCUUACUUGGCUAAUGAGAUCCUUUGGAGCCAUCGAUUUGAGCCUGUGCUCUUUGAGGAAAAGAACCACUACAAAGUGGAUUACUCACGGUUCCAUAAGACUUACGAAGUGCCCACAACCCCUAGGUGCAGUGCCAAAGAUCUGGUGAACAAUUCCUUUUCGAUGGUGCCAGGCAACAAUUCCUUUUGUUAUGAGAAUGAGCUAGCACUGCUGAGUCGGGAAGAGGAGGAUGAGGAACAGGCAAACCGCAUCCUGGAUGUGGACAACCAGUUCGAAUUUGACCGGCUACAAUCUACCAUCCCAUUGGACAGUCUCGCUUACCAAAGAGAGUCGGAAAUUUAA